GACUUGUACAGGUGGGGCCUUUGGCAGAGCUGGAGGACAGCUGAGAGCUCCAUAGCUCUCGACCAGUCUCCAUGGCUUUUUCUCCUUCGCCCUAAGCGUCUUCCCCCAUGCUGCUUCACCCCUCACCAAAACCCCACUUUACUGGCCAAUCCUUGUUGUGUUCAUGGUGCGAGAUCUGCUGCAGGAGGGGCAGAUUUGGUACUGCUGAUUGCGUUUCGACCGGAAGAGGAGAGGGGGAUUGGAAGCCAUGACGACGGACACUGAGCUCACUAGAGAGGAGGUGUUGAAAAGGGAUAUUCCAUGGGAGAUGUACAUGACAGCCAAGCUGAUCAAUAGCACUGGGUUGCAACUGCUGAGGCGAUAUGACCACCGUCCCGAAAGUGUCCAAGCUGCAUUGUUGGAAGAGAAUGGAGUAGCCUACGUCAGAGUGUUUGUGGGCAUUCUAGCGGACAUCUCCAAGCAAGAAACUAUUGAGUAUGUGCUUGCUAUGGUGGACGAGAUGCUCACGGCCAAUCCUAAACGUGCUCGAUUAUUCCUUGACAAAUCUUUUCAAGACAAAGAUAUUGAUGUUUAUCGACCUUUCAUAAGGUUGCUGUCAAAGAAGAACUGGUUUAUUCAAGAGAAAAGCUGCAAGAUUCUGACCCUGAUUAUUAGUGCUCGACAGUACGAGGCAGAGAUUGAGGACUCUUUAGCUUCACAGAAGAAGCCUGAUACAUUUAACGAGGUUCUGCGAAGUCUCGUGGAUUGGCUCAUUAGUCAGCUAAGAAGUCCGGCUCAUCCUACUCGGGGUGUUCCAAUGGCCGUGAGCUCUUUAGCAACUCUUUUGCGUAUUCCUAGAGUGCGAAUUAUGUUUAUUAAGGCGGAAGGCACCAAGCUUCUGGCUCCCUUAAUUACGCCCCUCACCAAUCAGCAAUCUAUUCAGCUGCUGUACGAGGUAACCCUUUGUAUAUGGCUUCUGUCCUUUGUCGACAGUGCUGUUGAAGCGUUUUCCUCGGCAAAAGUGCUUCCUCGCUUAGUGGAAGUUGUGAAGAGUUCCACCAAGGAAAAGGUCGUUAGAGUUGCUGUGAUGACAUUUCGCAAUCUUUCAAGCAAGGGAAACUCUGCUUCAGAGAUGGUAGAUUUGGGUUUGCCCAAGAUUGUUCAGAGCUUGCAGUUGUACGCCUGGAGUGACGAGGACCUGUUACAAGCAUUGGAAGUAUUAGAUGCCGCCUUGAAGGACAGCAUUCGCAAAUUGAGCUCCUUCGACAAGUUCAAAGGCCAAGUGUUUUCUGGAAAUCUGGACUGGACUUCAAUGCAUAAAGAUCCCGUGUUUUGGCGCGAGAACAUCACCAAGUUUGAAGAAAAUGACUUCCAGGUUCUACGUAUCCUGAUUACGUUGUUGGACAUCUCUCGGGAUUCUAAAACUCUUGCAGUGGCUUGUCACGAUAUAUCUCAAUUUAUACAAUUUCAUCCAGCUGGUCGAGGAAUUGUAGUUGAUUUGAAGGCCAAGGAGAGAGUCAUGAAACACAUGUCGCACCCCGAUCCAGAGCUUGCAAAACAAGCUCUUCUAUGCGUGCAGAAAAUUUUGUUAAGUGCCAAGUAUGUAAGCUACAUGCAGUAAGAUUCUAGAGACAAUAUAUAUACAUAUACAUAUCCAUGUCUUCUUUCUUUUGAUUUAUGGCAUCACAUUCAACAAUGUAAUGGGAAGAUGUUGACUGUAACAAGCUGUUCUACUAUCUGUA